UGGUGUAAAAGCAUGCUCCCAUGGUAGCCUACUGAAAAUUUAACACGUGAAGACCGUCGCAGAAACAGCACAGAAAUGGUCGUGAAGGUCUUCAUCGAAGAGCCGUGUGGGAAGACCACAGAGGUCGAGGUGCGCGACGCGGAGUACGAGAGCUGCACGGUGCUGCAGCUGAAGAGAGAGAUGCGGGACAACGGCACGCUGCCAGUUGGUUCCCAGCAACUGAUCUUCAAUGGCCGCCAGCUGGAAGAUGCUGCUAAACUGUCUGACUAUGGAAUCCAGCACGAGUCAACUAUUCACUCGGUUGUUAAAUCCACGGAAAUAAGUUUCUUCCUAAAAAAUUAUCGCGGUCAAACCUUUGGGAUGAAGAUGGAUGAAGAUGAGAUGAAGAGCUGCCUGGUGCUGGAUCUGAAGACCAGGAUACGCGCUAUAGAGGGAACCCCAGAAGACCAACAGAAGCUGAUCCACUUGACCAAACUGUUGGAGAACGACCGUACUCUGUCUCACUAUAACAUCGAGAACAACUCAUUCAUUCACCUGACUCCAAAGCUGCGUGGGGGAGAGGUGCAUCCACAGGGACCUGGUGGAAUGGGUGACAAAGGGGGCAAAAACGAAAGUAUGGAAAACCUGUUUCUUUUUCAAACUACUCCUAACUGACAGAUAUGAAACACGAAUCCUGUAGCCUAUCCAUAUAGAAAGCGUUACCUUAAGGUGGAACUAACUAUUCAUAUGAUUAAGUUUCAUUCCCUUUGAUAAGCAAGAAAGUGUUAACUUAAAGUUAACUUAAAGUCGCAGAAGAUCAGACUAUGUGGACUGCUUUAUACACUUGAUUAAGAAUUCAUUGUUGUCUACCAAAUAUAUAUAUCGACCAGGAGGUUGAAGAAGCGCCAAAGAAAGAGGUAUACAUAGGAGGAGACAACGAAGGAUAGAGGUGUGGUCUUUUGGGGGCGGCAGGUCUUCUUCUCAGGGGUCUUUAGGUCCAGGACACUUUAGAUUUUAGAAGGUCUGAGUGGGGUUUGGAACUUUUUCCAUUUUGUCUUUUCUUAUACUUGUUUUUUUUCCAUUUUUGUAACCUUUUAUCUUCUUUUUAUUACCAAAAAAAAAACAAGUAAAACUGUUUUGUAUAUUGUACAUUCCGACCAAAGUGCAGUCUUGUUUAUGAGCAUCGCAAUGCUGCAGCUGAAAGAGAAGAUAAUAGAGACAGAGAGCAGACAUUUUGUAGGGAAGGGCAGGUGUUAUGACACUAACGAUGGCUCUGUUCUCUGCAAGUGUGCAUGCACAAUACAGGACCCUGAUAUCAAAGCAGCUAAAUGGAAUCUAUGAUUUUUCCUAAUUUGACAAUUGAAAAAGGCCUCUGUGAAAAAGGCCUUUUGGAGCUGAUUCCUGUCGCCUCCUCAACCUCCCCACUCCACGUGCACUCAGGACUUUUUUUAUUUGUUUGUUGUCCUCAUUAAAAAACAUUCAAACAGGGUGAAAUUAAAAUAAUCUGAAGUCA